AUGUCUUCCCGUGGCGGCGGUCGUGGUGGGAGAGGACGAGGAGAUUUUAGGGGUGGAGGACGAGGAGGAGGAGGAGGCGGCCGUGGUGGGGACUCGUACAGGGGUGGCGGGCGCGGCGGAGGGAGAGGAGGAGGUCGAGGAGAUUUCCGGGGCGGUGGGCGUGGAGGGGGCAGAGGCGGUGGAGGGGGGCGGUUCGGCGGAGCGCAAGAGGAUGCCCGCUUCCGAAACGUUCCUCGGGUGCACGAGAUCCCCAUCGUGAACGUACCCGGAAAGCCACUCCCCCCCCCAGCGCCCGUCAGCAGGACCGCCCUCGCGGAAACCCCUGUUGACGACAUCAUCCUCCCGCACCGGCCGAACUACGGCAAGAUGGGCAAGCAGGUGGUGGUGACGGCCAACCACUACAAGGCGGACUACAACAGCAAGCAGCUGCUGUACCAGUACGACGUCAGCCUCGAGGGCUUCGAGAAGACCGCGCUGCCCGCGGCCAAGCUCCGCGCCAUCUUCCAGAAGUUCAAGGAGCAGCACUCCGCCUCUUCCCUCGGAGGCAUCGCCUUCACCUACGACGGCCGCUCGGUCAUGAUCACGGCGAGGCCGCUGCCCUUCCCCGCAGAGGGCGCGUCUUUCGUGGUGGUAUUCGAGCCGGCCACCGAGAAGAGGGAGGCGAACAACUUCACCGUCAUCCUCAAGCAGGUGGCGCAGCGGAGGCUCGCCGACCUGGCCGUCUUCUUCAGCGGGCAAACGAGCCAGAACGCGUACGACUGCAUCACGGCACUGGACAUCUCGCUCCGGCACGCCCCCUCGAUGAAGCUCACGUGCGUCGGCCGCAGCUUCUUCACGCCUGACAUGCCCUCUCCCAUCUCUGGGGGUGCGGAGGUGUGGCUCGGCUACUACCAGUCCCUCAGGGCCACGCAGGCCGGGCUCACGCUCAACGUGGACAUGAGCGCGAUGGCCUUCGUGCGGAGCAUGCCCAUGAUGGACUUCGUGUGCGAGCUGCUAGGCGUCCGUGACCCCGGUCAACUCAGCCGCGGCAUCCGGCCGUACGACCGCCGCAAGCUGGAGACAGCCCUCAAGGGGGUCAACGUCGAGGUCACGCACCGAAAGUCCAACCGGCAGUACCGCGUGAGCGCGCUGUCGAAGAUCGGGGCGGACCAGCUGACCUUCCCUGACCAGGAGAGCGGUAGGGACGAGAUCGUCGCCAGGUACUUCGGCGAGAAGUACUUCAAGCUCAGGUACCCGUCCCUGCCGUGCGUGCGCAUCGGGUCUGCGUCCAAGCACAACUACAUCCCCAUGGAAGUGUGCCAGAUCGCCCAGGGACAGAAGGUGGCCAAGCUCGACGAGAAGCAGACGGCGGACAUGAUCAAGAUCACGUGCCAGAGGCCGGACGUCCGCCAGGGCGCCAUCCACCAACAGUUUAACAACAUCAACGCCGACAUGAACAAGAGCUGCGAGCAGUUCGGGAUCCGCAUCACCAACAAGCAGAUCCAGACCCAGGCUCGGAUCCUCCCCCCGCCCUGCAUCCAGUACAACAAGGCUGGGCGGCAGCAGACCGAGCAGCCGCAGUGCGGCUCCUGGAACCUCCGCGACAAGAAGAUGUUCGACAACAAGAAGCUGGUCAGCUGGGCGGUUGUCUGCUUCACGCAGGAGCGAGACCUGCAGCUACAGGGGGCGGAGCACUUCGUGUCGGAGCUAGUGAAGGUCAUGGGCACCCACGGGAUGGACGUCAGCCCCGAAGCGAGGAGGCCGCCGAUCCUCAUGGCGGACAGCGUGGCGGCCAACAACCAGCGCGUGGACGACGCCACCUACGCCAGGAACGCCCUCACGGCCGCCAGGGACGCAGCCAGGAAGAAGUUCAAGGUGGACUGCCAGCUGAUCCUGGUGCCGAAGCCCACCCAAGACUCGAAGGACUACGGCGAGAUCAAGCUCGCUUCGGACACCGUGCUCGGUAUCCCGAGCCAGUGCGUGUUGCUGAAGCACGUCCACACGGCGAAGAUCCAGUACCUGGCGAACCUUUGCCUCAAAAUCAACGCCAAGCUCGGCGGCCGCAACGCCGUGCCGAGGGACAAGCUUCCCUUCGUGCAAGACGCUCCCACGAUCGUCUUCGGCGCCGACGUGAACCACCCCGGCGCCGGGAACGUGUCCAAGCCGUCGAUCGCCGCCGUCGUGGCCAGCAUGGACCGAUGGGUCUCGAGGCACGGGUCGUGCGUCGCGGUGCAGGAGCACCGGAAGGAGGUUAUCCAGGACCUGGCGUCGAUGGUGAAGAACCUGCUGAUCUCGUUCUACCGCGUCAACAACGCCAAGCCUGCCCGCAUCAUCUUCUUCCGCGACGGCGUUAGCGAGGGGCAGUUCCGGGAGGUCCUCCGCUACGAGGUCCGAGCGAUCGAGCAGGCGUGCGCGGCCUUGGAGGUGGGUUACCGUCCUACCAUCACCUUCAUCGUCGUACAGAAGCGCCACCACACCCGCCUCUUCCAGCCCAACAGGGAUGACCAGGACAAGUCCGGCAACGUGUUCCCCGGGACCGUGGUGGAGACUGGCAUCUGCCACCCCAUGGAGUGGGACUUCUACCUCAUGUCCCACGGAGGCCUGCAGGGAACCUCUCGCCCGGCCAAGUACCACGUGCUCUGGGACGAGAACGCGUUCGACUCGGACUCUCUCCAGCUGCUGUGCUACCACCUGUGCUUCAUGUACUGCCGGUGCACCCGCAGCGUGUCCAUCCCGCCGGCGGUGUACUACGCCCACCUGGUCGCUUUCCGCGCCCAGUUCUUCGUCAACGUGGGAGACGACUCCUCCUCCGAGUCGUCCUCAGUCGUGCAAGGCAGGGACGGCGGCGCCAGGGAGAUCGACUGGGCCCGCUGCUUCAGCUCGGUGCACCAGAGCCUGACCAACGUCAUGUACUUCGUCUGAGCCCUCACCGUGACCGGCAGUCGUCUGGAAGCAAGGCGUACGUUUUGUUCUCGGAUCGGGUGCACAGCAGCAGCUGCUGUCUUUGUGAGAGUAGGUCUGUUCGGAAGGUCCCCCUGAAUGCGGCGUUGUUUUGAAACGGCCCGGGCUGCUGGAGACUCUGUUGUUGUCAUAUCGGUCGGUCCCCCCUGUGGAGUGAAGUUGACGGUACCGGACUGCUGUGGCCUGUUUGGUCCAAUGUCGGGGUCAACCUGAUUUGUCUCUUCUGGUCUCUCGCUUGGUAUCAUGGGAUCUGUUGCUGCCUGAUCCAAGCGUUUAUUCUCUCCGACUCUGACGCGCCGAGCAGUUGGUUGGUCGACGCGUUGGGGGCUGCUGAGAUGCCGCUUGGUCUCGCAAGGAGAGAGCGGGCUUGGUUUUCUUGGCGUCCUUGCGUCCGGUGUGAGCAAGCGAUUCAUGGAGUGUACUACAGCUGUAGGGUAGUGUCACCGUAGGUCAUCUUGUACGAUCGUAGAUCAUCUUGUAUCACUCAGCCGGGGGAAACAUGCAGCAAUCAGCACUACCGAGAGGAGGAAUGGAGGACGGUCGUCACGCCUUGAUCCGGAUCUGAUCCGUGAAAACGCUAGGGCCGUUCACCGGUCGCCGGAGCAAUCUUUCGGCGGCGACCACCCCCUCUCCGUGUUUGUGCGUGUGCUGCCGAUGUCUGUCUUGUUUGUUUAGGUUGAUUCCGGCCCCGGCGGCUUUGAAAUGUUUUUCUGCACUUGGGUUUCCCAUAAUCCUUUCAUGUCUUCAGAGUGGUGGUGGCAAGACGGCUGAAAACGAACAGGCAGGCUAGACGACACGGUCUUGAUGCCGCGGGUAUAUAUCUAUGUAGAAGGUAACCCUUUCUUGCUCGGGGUUUGUUAUUUUUUCCUGAUCCCGGUCUUCCGCGGAUCUGAACACGAAACGACAGAGGUGGGAGGUUGCGCUGCAGUUGGGAGAGGGAGGUGUGCCACGAUGUGUGUUGUAGUGUGUUUUGUCGAUGUUGUUGUUGUUGUUCUUCUUCUUCUUCUUCUUCUUGUUCUUCUUGUUGGAGACAGAAGAGUGUGGUGCACGAUGGUACUACAGCAGUGCGCGUUACGCGCAGGGUUUUAGGUCUCGGUCCAAGGUCAAGCCAGAAUCUCAUUUUCUGCUUGACGUUAUUCCGAUUUUUCGGACGUAAGGUUCUGUCCGGCCUUCUUUCGCAAAAACCUCAUGUGCCCCAGACAUUCUUGGUGGGACUGUGCCAUGUUUGUGUAGAAACGACGGUGGGCUUUGGCAUAAAAUGAUGUAGUGGCGGCGCCGAGUUAUUGUUUUGUUCUUUUCUCUCGUGUCGUGUGACUGGGCGUGUUAUCAUAGCCCACACGUGACUAUUUAGAGAAAGUAAAGCCUGAGUGUGGACAGCAACAAGAUUUGAAAACGUUUGUUCCGUGUGUACAUCGUGUUUUUUUGUUUCCAGCUUUCGUUUGUCCUUGUUUACUUUGGUUUUUGGUAGAAGACAGAUGCAUGAACACGACCGAGCUGUUAAAAAGGUAUGAUAUUU